GGUCAGUGUGCCUUCUCCGGUGGAGGGGCGUAAACGGGCGCCGCGCUGGCCGAGGUCAGGCCCUGCUGCGUCCGCUUCUUCGGCAUGUUCGAGGCGGGCCGGGGCGGUCGCGCCGCGCGCUCGGCGCCCACCUGAGGUAACUCCUACGACCUGCGGACCGGCGUCUGCGCCACGCGGCUCAGUCGCCGCCGCUGGCCGCGGAAAAGGCGGGUCGACCCCCGGCCCGGCCAGGGGGUGUGGCUGCCGGCCUCGCGGUCCGCGGCAGGUGGGCCGGGCGGGGGCUGCAGCCGAGGCCCGGCCCCUGCGCUGGCCUUGGGUCGGGGGCGCGGCGCGGAGCUCGUGGCCAGGCAGCGCGACCCCGGGCGGUGGGCCCUUCCGUCCCGGUGCUGGCGGCUGCCCUUGGGGCCGGGCGGAGCCUGGAGCCCCAGGACCUGUCGGGCGCUCAGGUUCCAGGUGAGUCCCGCCGCUGACGGGCUGUGAGACCUUGGGUCAGUCAGAUGUAGACCUUGGUAUGAGUUUACACAUCUGUAAAAUGGAAGCCUGGUCUAGUGAUCUGUGAAGAUCUUCCACGUCUGAUGUGUGAUCUCGUCGAGAGAGAUCUGCAAAUACCGAAGCUGCCAAAGGGAAAGCAAAGCCUGGAGAGCAAUGGUUUCAUCUUAGCUUACUGCAGCCUCAAACUUUUGGACUCGAGUAAUCCUCCUGCCUCAGCCUCCUGAGUAGCUGGGACUAUAGUUUGAAAUCCAUGGCCCAAAAUGACUCCAGCAGUGGAGAGUCUCUUCCAUGAAGACGACGACCAGAUAGGAGGCUGGGAUGAGCAUGCCACUGCAUCAGAUCUCUGCCAUUCCAUCCCAGGAUGCCACUUCUGCUAGAGUCCACAGAAGCAAGACCAAAGAAAAGGAGAGGGAAGAACAGGGCGGCAGCUGCUGUGCAGACAGAGCUCAUCCCCCAGCGUGGAGCACAGGGACCAUGCAGCAGCAAAGAGCCGUGCUGAGGACACACUGAUGCGUUCUUGUUGGAAAAUGAAGCUUCAGCAUGAGAAGACUUUGAGACAUUCCAUGAGUCAUUCAAGCAACAUUUCUAAGGCUGGGAGUCCUCCACUGGCGUCAACUUCAGCCCCGGUGUCCACCUUCUCUCGUACUUCCGUCACACCAUCCACUCAGGACAUCUGCAGUUCCAGUGCAGUGUUUUCUGAGUGUUGUCACCACAGUGCCGUGCAGUCUGCUGUUGUCUUGAAAACUCCUCAAUGCCAGAGUUCUCUGACACAAGGGCUCACUGUGACAGUUAUCUGUAAAGACACAGUACAGGCGUCAAAGACAAAUUCCUUUGGUUCAGAAUGGGUCCAGGCCUUGAAGCCUGCUAAGAAUACCAAAGCCAGAAGAACACUAAAGUUCUCAAAGUCCCUAAACGAUGUGGGUGAGAAGGCCCAGGAUACUUUGGAAAGUUUUGCUUAUGUGGAAAGAACUUGUUCUGAAGGAAAAUUAAUACUCCCUCAAGACCCAUGUCUCAGAAUGAACAGGUUCCAUCAUAAAGAGAAAAGAACACUGAUCCGCAAACCUCCUGGCAAUUCCAAACAUUCUUGUGUUUCAUCCCUUUCUGCCAAUUGUUCAACUGCCUCAGAGGUGGGAGCUGGCAAGGGAGGUGCGCAAGUCCCGCUGUUGGAUGAGAAAGGAGAUGUCCGGGCUGUGUCCAGAAGCUGGCAGCUGCUCCGCUAUUUGCUGUUGUUGUCACGUGGCUUGAGCACCGGCAGCCUGCACAGGUUCCAUGAGCUGGAGAGCUGUGCCACCCACCUGCAAGCCGCCAAGUCCUCCAGUGGGCUGGCCGGGAGCAUGGGCUUCUGCUCUGAUGACAUGGGAGAUGACGACGUCUUUGAGGACAGCACAUCUGCAAAACUGAAAGGCAGGGUCCUACAGGCGCCCCUCUGCUCCACAGAAAAGGACAGCGACCUGGAUUGUCCUUCUCCCCUCUCUGAAAAAUGCCCCCCCAUCUCCCCUGUGUCCAUAUCAGGGGAUGCCUGCAGGAUCUGCCACUGUGAGGGAGAUGACGAGAGCCCCCUGAUCACCCCCUGCCGCUGCACAGGCAGCCUCCACUUUGUGCACCAGGCCUGCCUGCAGCAGUGGAUCAAGAGCUCGGACACCCGCUGCUGCGAGCUUUGCAAGUACGAGUUCAUCAUGGAGACCAAGCUGAAGCCUCUGAGCAAAUGGGAGAAGCUGCAGAUGACGGCCAAUGAGAAAAGGAAGAUCGGGUGCUCAGUGACAUUCCACAUCAUCGCCAUCAGCUGUGUGGUCUGGUCCUUGUAUGUGCUCAUAGACCGCACUGCUGAGGAGAUCAAACAGGGGCAGGCGACAGGAAUCCUAGAGUGGCCCUUUUGGACUAAAUUGGUGGUUGUGGCCAUCGGCUUCACUGGAGGACUUCUUUUUAUGUAUGUUCAGUGCAAAGUAUAUGUGCAAUUAUGGAAGAGACUCAAGGCUUAUAAUAGAGUGAUCUAUGUUCAAAACUGUCCAGAAACAAGCAAAAAGAGUAUUUUUGAGAAAACUGCACUAACAGAGCCCAACUUUGAAAAUAAAGAUGGACGUGGAAUCUGUCAUUCCGAUGCAAACUCUUGUUGCACAGAGCCUGAAGACACUGGAGCAGAAAUCAUUCAUGUUUGAUUGUGUGGAGGGUGUAGUUUUCCUGGGUACCCGUGAAGAGCUGAAGGAAAUUGUUUACUGCCUAUUGUGUACCUUUCUUUUGUCCUUUAAUAGCAUAGCCUGGGCAGGUGACUCUUUUCAGUGGCUUCUCUUUUUCUGAACCCUCCUUAAUGAAUCUCCUCGAAAGCCCUUCCAGGAGCCAGGUGUGGCUGGGUCCCACCUCUGCUGGGCUGCUCUGUGGGAAGGGAAGGUGGAAAACCUCAUGAUGCCAUGAUGGGGAGCCGGCUGGGUUCCUGCCUGUGAUCUUGAGCAGAACGAGAGAAUAAAACGCCAAACCUAAGGGAAGAGCUGGAGCAAGGGGCACCAGGUCCUGAUGUGCAGCCUCUUCCAGCUGCAGCAUCCUAGCCCCCUGGGCGCUAAGGAGAGCCUUUCCACACACGACCUCCUGCUGCCUCUGCUGAUGCUGACACUGACACCUUGGCUGUCAUGCAGGUGGUGCCUGGUGCUCUGUGCAUGGUGGUGUGUGAUUCACUGAGCAAACAGCACUUUACAGAAGAGAUUCUUUAUUUUGUGAUACCUGUGUCCAGUGGGAUUAACACUUACAGAGCCUCUCUUUUAGAAAUCUUCUCUUUGUUGCCCUUGUUAUCUCUUUUACAACAUAAUAGAUCUCAAACCCUUUUGGCCUUAUAUAUGCUAAGAAGUAUGACAUUCAUUCUGUGUCUGUAAGAUAGACUUGUGACUUUAAAGCAGGGCAAAUAGGUCUGAUGUUUCAUGGGGAUUAAUGGAUGUUAAAUGCCAAUUAGAGCAUAAUUCCUAUGCUUAUAAGCUGGUUUUAUGGCAAGUCCUAUUUCAUAAGCCUGCCCCGUACAUUUCUUUUCUGUCAACAUUGAAAAAGAAGGGGUUUUGAGAUUUAAAUGGAAGUCAAGGAAGUAAUUAAAACAAAGCUGAAUAUUUUAAAAGUACUCCUUUAUAGAGACAUUUCUCCCGCUGGUCCUGACUUCAUGCUGAAGGAGCAGCCACAUGCUGUCCUGGUUGGGGAUGUGUGCUGCAGGUGCUCCGAGGUGCUGGCCUGCCAUGCAGCCCUGCUCAGGAGUAGGUUCUGUGUAGUCACCACCGAGGGUUGAGAGGCAGGUGUGCUGGCUCUGGGAUGAGGAUCAGGCGUGAGCAGCAGAUUGUACUCAGCCACAUAGCUGCUUGUCUGUCGCCUUAACCAGACUGAACAGAAAGGAUCCUUUAAGGGCCCUUGGCCCCACUCUUGGUCCAUUCUUUUGUCAGGGAUUAUCUCCUAUGCUAGUUUCAUAAAACAAACAAAACCAAAAUCACUACCAUCAAAUGGCCUUUGUCCCCAUCUGCUUAAAAUUCUGUUUUUAAAACCCAGUUUCAUAGUACCAGGCAAAUGAGUCAACUCUGGGAAUGUAUACCAUAAUAUGAGCAGCCCACAUGCUUUCUCCCCAUACACUCCCAUCCAGCUGGGAGGCAGGGGUGGUGAGGUGUUGCAGGGUCUCACUUCACUCUCAGAGCCUUCGGUGCCUCGUUACCCUGUGGAAAGGAGUAAGCAAACAUGAGAUGAUUUCUCUUUCAGAGUGGAAACCCUGUGGUUUGUUCCGUGGUGCAGGAAGAGGUUGGAGGGUCCCUAAGCAUUGUGCAUGGGCUUGUGGUCGAGGCAUUGUCCUGCUCUCUUCACCCGCCCAGUGUCUGACUCACUGGGAUCACCGCUGGGAAGGCCCUGUCCAACCAUAGCUGACUUCUGAAAAUAGGUCAGCCCGCGCUCUCUUCCAUACCAUAUCCAGCCAGUGCCUAUGUUCACUGUGCCCCAAAGUGCAAUUACCCAUGUCCCUCCUCAUCCUGGGAAUCCAGGCAGCCACAGACUGUCCACUCAGGGGAGCUGGAUCCCAGGUCAGCCCUGCCACUGCCUCUUAGGAACUGCCAAAAAAAGGCCCCUGGUUUUGUACACUUGUCCCUGCCGCCCUCCCAACAUGAGUGGUUAAAGGGAAGACUGAGAUAAAGUGUGAGUUCUCCCUCCAACCCCAUGGAACCUCUUAUGCUGAAUCCAAAAAGCACUGAGACUUCCUGUAGACAGGAGUGUGCCGAGAUAGACGUAUCCCUGGGCAGCCCACCCAUUGUGACUGGCACCCCCUAUGGCAAAGGCACCUUUAGUAUUGUUCCUAGGCCCAACCAGACUCCCAUGCAAAGUUGACUCUCUUUUUUAGGAAGGCCUAACACCAUCUCAUCAUCUUGGGCCACUCUGGACAGUCUUUCCACAUCCUCCUUUCCCCUGCUGGUGGAGCAUGCAGCUCCACCCACCACACACACACAACAACCUUUUCUUGCAGUUCUAGUUCAGCACCUCUAACCCAUCAGACCCCUCAGUGCCUGGCAGUGAAGCCUGGUGGGGGUGCUGUGCUGCCACCUAGCGGGAACACAGUAUCUGCCAAUAUUCCUUUAGUCUGGGUAAACUUGCCAAGUUCUUUUGGGGGGCUAUUUAUUCCCCAGUCACCCCCACCCCCAUUUUGCACUUGGCUCUAGGAUGGCAUUUGGCUAAACCAUAUAGAAACCCAGGAUGAUGGGAUGGGUGCGGUGGGUCACUCCUGAAAUCCUAUCACUCCGGGAGGCCGAGGCAGGUGGAUUGCCUGAGCUCAUGGGUUCGAGACCAGCCUGAGCCAGAGCGAGACUCCCAUUUCUAAAAAUAGCCAGGCGUUAUGGCAGGCGCCUAUAGUCCCAGCUACUUGGGAAGCUGAGGCAAGAGAAUUGCUUGAGCCCAAGAGUUUGAGGUUGCUGUGAGCUAUGAUGCCACUGCACUGCCAAGGGCGACAAAGUGAAACCCUGCCUCAAAAAACAAAAAGAAACCCAGGCUCAUAAGUCAUAAUACCACUUCCAGGCUUCUGAUUUCAGUGGUUUUUAUGUACAAGUUUAUAGUGAGAAUUUCUUGGAAAUCCUGUAAAAUGUCUCUUCCUUUUUUCCCUUUUUUGCUUCAAUCCCUCUUUUCAAUCAUACAGGCCUAGUUUCCACUUGCACAGGUGCCCAACCUGGUCACAGGUGUGCAGGCCCCCAGUGGCUGGGCCAGUUUGGGAGCCUCUGGUGAUGCCUGCAUAGUUUCAGCUGCUUCUGAGGCCCUGGGGUGGGCUGAAGGGCUGGAGGAGGGCCAUAGAAAGCACAGUGAGAUUCACAGCCCUGUGGACAUGGGUGGAUGCAAAUACAUUUUAAAUACUUUCCCUUCUGAAUCUGGUUUAAAAUAUGCAGCUUCCAUCUCUAGCCCAAGGAAAGACCAAAACACAGGGAAAUAAAAAGCAUUUAUCUUUGUUUUGGAAGUAAUUGUUCAAGUUGUGCACCUGAUCAAGGCACAUUUAGUUGCAAUGUUUAUAGAAAGUUGAUUGUUAAUAAAAACCAAAUUUACACUGGCAUGUGUGGUGUAGUUUUUAAAAGGCACUUCACAUUUGAAAUUUUUCUUACCUUAGAAAGUUUCUAGUUACCUGAAUGUCUAGUUUUGUAUUCUUUUAUGUAUGUUCACUGUUUCUCAGUAUUACCACUUGAGUAAUUCUGUGUACCUGGGGUUGUUUGUGCUAUACACUGGGGUGUCUAAUUGCAGCAAUAAAGCUUUUCUUUAAAAAGGA